AUGCAGUGUCUGGGCAAGGUGCAGCAGGAUGCUGUGUUUGGGCAAGGUGCAGCAGGAUGCAGUGUCUGGGCAAGGUGCAGCAGGAUGCUGUGUUUGGGCAAAGUGCAGCAGUGUGCUGUGUUUGGGCAAAGUGCAGCAGUGUGCUGUGUUUGGGCAAGGUGCAGCAGGAUGCUGUGUUUGGGCAAGGUGCAGCAGGAUGCUGUGUCUGGGAAAGGUGCAGCAGGAUGCUGUGUUUGGGCAAAGUGCAGCAGGAUGCAGUGUCUGGGCAAGGUGCAGCAGGAUGCUGUGUUUGGGCAAAGUUCAGCAGUGUGCUGUGAUUGGGCAAAGUGCAGCAGUGUGUUGUGUUUGGGGAAGGUGCAGCAGGACGCUGUGUUUGGGCAAGGUGCAGUAGGAUGCAGUAUCUGGGCAAGGUGCAGCAGGAUGCUGUGUUUGGGCAAGGUGCAGCAGGAUGCUGUGUUUGGGCAGGGUGCAGCAGGAUGCUGUGUCUGGGCAAGGUGCAGCAGGAUGCAGUGUCUGGGCAAGGUGCAGCAGGAUGCUGUGUUUGGGCAAGGUGCAGCAGGAUGCAGUGUCUGGGCAAGGUGCAGCAGGAUGCUGUGUUUGGGCAAAGUGCAGCAGUGUGCUGUGUUUGGGCAAAGUGCAGCAGUGUGCUGUGUUUGGGCAAGGUGCAGCAGGAUGCUGUGUUUGGGCAAGGUGCAGCAGGAUGCUGUGUCUGGGAAAGGUGCAGCAGGAUGCUGUGUUUGGGCAAAGUGCAGCAGGAUGCAGUGUCUGGGCAAGGUGCAGCAGGAUGCUGUGUUUGGGCAAGGUUCAGCAGUGUGCUGUGAUUGGGCAAAGUGCAGCAGUGUGUUGUGUUUGGGGAAGGUGCAGCAGGGGGCUGUGUUUGGGCAAGGUGCAGUAGGAUGCAGUAUCUGGGCAAGGUGCAGCAGGAUGCUGUGUUUGGGCAAGGUGCAGCAGGAUGCUGUGUUUGGGCAGGGUGCAGCAGGAUGCUGUGUCUGGGCAAGGUGCAGCAGGAUGCAGUGUCUGGGCAAGGUGCAGCAGGAUGCUGUGUUUGGGCAAGGUGCAGCAGGAUGCAGUGUCUGGGCAAGGUGCAGCAGGAUGCUGUGUUUGGGCAAAGUGCAGCAGUGUGCUGUGAUUGGGCAAAGUGCAGCAGUGUGCUGUGUUUGGGGAAGGUGCAGCAGGAUGCUGUGUUUGGGCAAGGUGCAGUAG